GGCCAUGGAGGUCUACAUCCCGUCCUUUCGCUACGAGGAGAGUGACCUGGAGCGGGGAUACACGGUGUUUAAGAUAGAAGUGCUAAUGAAUGGAAGAAAACAUUUUGUUGAAAAAAGGUACAGCGAAUUCCAUGCUUUGCACAAAAAGCUUAAGAAAUGUAUAAAAACUCCAGAAAUUCCUUCGAAACAUGUUAGGAACUGGGUUCCAAAAGUGUUAGAACAACGACGACAAGGUUUGGAAACAUAUUUACAGGCUGUCAUUUUAGAAAAUGAAGAACUCCCCAAACUGUUUCUUGAUUUUCUAAACGUGCGACACUUGCCCUCUCUACCAAAGGCAGAAAGUUGUGGAUCUUUCGACGAGACAGAAUCUGAAGAGUCAAGCAAACUGUCCCACCAGCCCGUGCUGCUGUUCCUCAGGGAUCCAUACGUCUUGCCUGCAGCCAGCGAUUUUCCGAAUGUGGUUAUCGAGGGAGUGCUCCAUGGGAUAUUUUACCCGCAUCUGCAGCCCAGGUAGAAAUCCUACAUGGCUCAAAGAAGCUGAGGCAAGUUUCGAAGACACAGCCGAGGAAAUCGAUACCUACCAAAUUAACCUAAACUCUAUGACACAACAGUCUAGCUAGUGGUAAAAUUCACAGUCCCAGCUUAAUUCAGGGCAGGGACCUUUCCAUUAGAAUGGUGCUUUUAAAAAUAGAAACUGAACCAGGGCAGUGAGCAGGUGAAGGCCAGGUGUUUAAGAAGUAGAAUGUAGCUGCCAACUUAGAAACCUGUGAAAAGGAAGCCACGGCAGAUUCCUGGGAGGACCGGGGGUCGCAAAACAAAGUCACCCUCCGCUCCAUUUGCACCAUUUGCUAAUUGAAAAUCAUAACCUGAAUCCUACUGAGACUGAUCACCUUUGGUAGCUUUUUCGUUCAGAUCUUAAUGACACACUAAUCUUUUCACCGUGAAGUUUUCUCAGCCGGUAACAGUAGCAUUCUGAAGUGCCGGCACCAGGACAGUGUUACAGACACACACUAAGCUGAAUGUGAGGAAGGAAUGAAACUGGAAAUUAACUUAUAAUGAUAAUCUUGUGGCAUUGUAGUUUACAUUACAGUGGAGUGGCAUCAUAUCCAGGGGAUUAGCUUCUGACCUCAGCACAGAAGGUAGAAUGGGCUGUUAGGAUAACCCUGGGAAGCCCCCCAGAAAGGCGCCAUGUCGGGAUUCUGUGCAGCAACCGCAGCCGGUUUUCACUCCAGUGUUGGAAGAAAAGAGUGUUUUGUUCAUUUGAAGACCAGAUGAAGUUGUUAGUGUUUGUUUAGGGGCCAUUUUGU